GUUUCAUCGAACUCGAUCCAUCAUCAUGUCUGCAGAAGUCAAGCAUUGGCACGUUACAUACAACGACAUUCACAACUUAAUACGCAGAUGCACUCCCAAAAUUUCUGCAGAAUUCAAUCCAGAUUUACUGGUCGCGAUUGGUGGAGGAGGCUUCUUUCCAGCAAGGGUGAUGCGAACGUUUCUGAGAGAGCAAACAACCAACAAGACCCUUCAAAUACAAGCUAUUGGACUCUCGUUGUACGAACCUGUCGAAGGAACUACUGUUGAACAGUUAGGAGAAGAAGUUGUCCGUACUCAGUGGCUGGGGCCGAACUCUGGUGAACUGCUCCUGGGAAAACGGGUACUCAUCGUUGAUGAAGUUGAUGACACCCGGAAGACUUUGGGAUAUGCACUUUUUGAACUACAGAAGGACGUAGAGCUUGAAGCCGCUCGGUGUCCUGAAUCAGAGCGGGAGGCUCUACUCGGAGCGACCAAGUUUGGGAUAUUUGUUGUGCACAACAAGAAGAAGCCGAAACUAGUCGAACUCCCAGCUGGGGUACCGUAUUACUCUGGCGAAGAAGUAGGCAAUAUUUGGGUUGAAUAUCCCUGGGAAGCGAGCAACAUCGAAGAACACGACCGCUUGGCGGCCGCCGAGAGAAGCGGCACAAAUCCUUAACCAGGAGUGGAGCCGAUUGCUACCCGUGGAGGCCUCGAGAAGCUGUACUUUACUACGCCGGCUGGUGGUAUGUAGAAAUCGGUAUAGAGGAUUGCAAGUCCGCUCUGCGAGCUCGCGGGAAGAUAUUAUGAGUAAAAAUGGAAAGGGUGCCCUUUAGAGGUGCCUCUUUUAUUCAACUGCGAUCUCAUCGACCUAUAAGCUCUCAUUAACUUUGUCUGUUUCCUAG